CGGCUAGGGGAACCCGGACUUGGGGAACUGGGACUUGGGGGCCGAGGCGCGGAGGCGGGGGCCUGGCAGCCCCAGCUGGGAUACCGGCCCGGGCCCAGCGGGUCGCGGGGCGGCGGGAGGGGGCGCUGCGGGCCUGUCGGGCGCCGCGGAAGGAACUGCGACCUUGGCCGCGGCCUCCGCCGGAUCCGCGCGCGGGGGCCGCGAUGUCGUCCCGGCCUGGGGCCGACGACGCUGGGGCGCGGGGCUCGCGGCGGCCGCGGGAGCCGGCGGAGCAGGAGCUGCAGCGGCGCCGGGAGCAAAAGCGGCGGCGGCACGACGCGCAGCAGCUGCAGCAGCUCAAGCACCUGGAGUCCUUCUAUGAAAAACCUCCUCCUGGGCUCAUCAAGGAAGACGAGACUAAGCCAGAAGACUGUAUUCCUGAUGUACCAGGCAACGAGCAUGCCAGGGAAUUUCUGGCUCACGCGCCAACUAAAGGACUUUGGAUGCCCCUGGGGAAAGAAGUCAAAGUUAUGCAGUGUUGGCGUUGCAAACGGUAUGGUCACAGAACGGGUGACAAAGAAUGCCCUUUCUUUAUCAAAGGCAACCAGAAGUUAGAACAGUUCAGAGUAGCACAUGAAGAUCCCAUGUAUGACAUCAUUCGAGAGAAUAAAAGACAUGAAAAGGAUGUGAGGAUACAGCAACUAAAACAGUUACUGGAGGAUUCCACCUCAGAUGAGGAUGAGAGCAGCUCCAGUUCCUCAGACUGUAAAGAGAAGCAUAAGAAAAAGAAGAAGAAAGAAAAGCAUAAGAAAAGGAAGAAGGAAAAGAAAAAGAAGAAAAAACGGAAGCACAAGUCUUCCAAGUCAAGUGAGAGUUCAGACUCAGACUGACAAGGACUGGACUUGUUCAGCAUUCUCUUUACAAAAAUCAAACACUGUGGCCAAAGAACAGAGAGGUGUGCCCUGGGAGUAACACAACACAGAGGACAUCUGGCGUCAUAGGCGUGGAUUCUCACCACCUUGCCCUGGUGAGCUGUCUCCACUCAGGUGCUAGGUUUGGAUGGCGCUGAGUUCCUCCAGGAAAGCUUAUUCAUUGACCCUCCCUGCCCUUUACUCGAGUCUGUGAUUCCCCUGAAAGGCCUCCUGCAGCAUGGCAGGACUGCAGAGUAUCUUUGGGGAGGUACCUUUGGGUGCUAGCACAGCUUUUGCCCUUUGUAAUGGUGACUCAGUUCCCACAGACUUUAGGUUGGACUCUUCUAUGUUGCUGAAUAUAAUAAAAGCUGAUGAUUUAUUUUUUAAA